GGAACUAGUGAAAUAGUUGAGUGUAUUUUCCAUAAGUGAAUUUCGUGCCAGGAAAACGGCGAGAAAAACUUUUUCGGGAAAAAAAUAUAGUAAAUAUGGAAAGCGAGAACAAAACAGAGGAGACAAAAGCCGGAGGCGAAGCUGAGGCAUCAGCGACGACAACGGCAGAGAAAACGUCUGAAAACGAUAAGAAAGAGGUAGCCGCUAGUGGUAAAGAAAUAGAAGAAACAGCACCAGCGGCAGAGAAGGAAAACAGUACUGGGGCUGGUGACGAAGCCAAUGAUAAGAAUGCGGAUAAGGCGCCUACAGCGGCAGAGAAUGACGAUAAGAAACCUAAAUCAGAGUCUGAUGCAGACAACAUAUCUGACGAUAAAGCCUCCACUGAUGAAGUUGAUGAUAAAAAGGCGGCACAGAAGGACAAACUACCCGAUGCCAAGGAGGCUAACGACUCGAAGGAAAAUGACGUAACAGAUGGUGAUGGUGAUGGGGAUGGUGAUGGUGAUAAGAAGACUGAAGGCAAGGAGAAGAAUGGAACAGUAGCAGGUGCUGCAGGCGGCGCCGCCACGGCAGUCGCUGCUGAUAAAAAGAAGCCAGCCAAAGAGCAGGGCAAAGAAAAAAAUGAUAAAAAGGUGGAGAAAAACAAAGAAGAUAAAGAUAAAGAAGAAGAAGCGGAGGGCGAGAAUAAAGAAGUAGAUGAGGAUGAUGAAAAUGUGGUGGCAUUAGCUGAAAUUGAUAGAAUCAACGAUAACAUUAAUAAAACUCGCGUAGAUGGACUCCAAACAUUGCAUGAGCUUUGUUUCGGUUCGGUUGGUAAAAAUAAUGUUGUAAAAAAGAAUUUACGCUCAUUUGCCGGUUUCGAGUUUGAAAAGGACUCUAGCGAAUAUAAGAAAAAGUUUGAUGCCAUUAAGAAAACCGACGCUAAGGCACUAAAGGGUAUUUGUGAUAUACUGGCAUUGGAGCGCAAAGGCACAAAAGAUGAGAUUGCAAAUCGUGUGCUAAAAUUCCUUAUGGAACCCGAUGAAUCGCUAUGCGUAGAUGAGGCUGCCGAAGAGGAAGAAGAAGAUAUUGAAGAAGAUGAAGAGCCAGUAGAUGAGGAAGAGGAAGAAGUUAGCGCUGAAGAGGAGCGUAAACGUAAACCCAGCAGCCGCGCACCCGCACGAAAUUCAACAAGUGGCCGCCCUAGACGCGCAACCGCUGGAAAAAAGAUGUCCGCUUAUGUCGACUUCUCGAGCUCGGAUGAAAGUGAACGCCAAGCAGUGCCGGCUAAACGAAAGCGUAACGAUGGCUCCGAAUCGGGCUCAGAUUAUAAUCCGUCAGGCGGCAACUCUGAUUCGGAUGGUGCGCGUGGCGGCGUUCGUAAAGCAUUGGCACGUGGUGGGCGCGGCGGCCGACCAGUACGUAAAUCUUGGAAGAAGAAUUCAGAUUCUGAAGAAGAUGAUUUUGAUCUAUCAGAUGCCGAUAGUGAUGUGCCGAAACGUAAACGCGCUACACCUGGUAAACGUGGCCGACCUGCUGUUGCUGCUACUACCAAACGUGGUACACGUGGACGUGCUGCCAAAGCAACUAAAUCGCGCAAGCGCAAGGACUCUGAAAGUGAGGAAGAGGUGUCUGAAGAGGAGGAAGAAGAGGAGCUGUCUGAUUUCGGCAGCGAUCAGAGUGAGGAAGAGGAGUCCAAGAAGUUUAAGAAACCCCCGGCGCCUGUGAAAAAUGCUAAAACUAAUAACAAAGCCAAAACGCCAGUCAAACCUGCUGGUCGGCCGAAAAAAUCAAGCAAAAAAGAGGAGGAAGAGGAAUCCGAUGAUGAGGAUGAGCCACUAAACAAGAAGGGAAAAGCGACAUUCCCCACGGAUGAGCAAAUACGCAAUUAUGUUAAGGAAAUAUUAGAUAAAGCAAAUCUUGAAGAGAUCACUAUGAAAACAGUGUGCAAGCAAGUGUAUGCAAAAUAUCCCGAUUUCGAUUUAACAGAUAAAAAGGACUUUAUCAAGGCCACGGUGAAGGCGCUAAUUGCGGCAUAAAUGCAGGCCACACAAGUAUGUGCAAAAAACUCAAAACAUUGCAAUAUUGCAAAUUAAAAAGGCAGCGGUGCUACAGCACAGCAAGUAUGCUAACCAACAAUUGUUGUCAGUCUGCGCCACAGCAUCGGUGUAUUUAUAUUUAGCUAUUGAAGACGGUUUAAAUCGACGAAUUCAGGAGCUUUAAGAUUUCAAGAUUUUUUUUGUCAAUAUUAAGAUUGCUUUUCAUUACUCCCCUCCGGCUCUUCCUAAGUUGGUGCACCAUGUGCAUUCUAAUUGAAGCGAAACACACUCAAAACAAUUAAAAAAAAAAACACAAAUCUUUGAUUAUUUGACUAAUUUUAUUUCAACUUGAUCAUACACAAAUGGUGUGUAUAAUAACUUGUCAAUGUUGUAUUUCUUCUUUUAUUAUAUAUCUAGAUACUAUAUACAUCCAACGUUCUUUAUUCUCAUUUUUUUACAUGAAUGGUGUACUUGCACACAAAACUACACCCAUGCAUACAUAAUAUAUUUUGUUUUUAGUUCCAAAGCAUUGUAUAAAUACUAGCUUUUCUUAUGACUUUCAAGAGAAAAACAAAAAAAAAUGUGGAAUGCAAAUUUGUAGAAUUUCUGUAAAAUGUUUAAUUAUAAUAAAACGCAAAAACCCUAAACAUAAUAAAAUGUGCGUAAAGUAAGAUUACGUAAAUUAUAAUAAACAAAUGGAAAACAUAUACAAAAAGUAAAAAUCAA